AUGCUCUCGACAAAAUACAAUGAAAGUGCUGAUGAUGGUGGUGAUACUAAUCCUGAACAAUUGGUCGAUCACCUUGAGAAAAUGAACAUAUCAGAUGGUAGUAUUUGCAGCUCAGAUGUACAAGGCAAUACCUGUACUUCUUCGACCAAUUUCUCCAACACUAUACACUCAGUAGUACCUGGUUCAUGUGAUGUAAUUAUCAAAUAUCAAGUGCCAGUUCAAAAAAAAGAUUCAUCCUUGUAUGCGAAACCUUCAUGUAAACACGGUUUAAAAUGUUUCAAUACGAAUUGUCCACUUGAUCAUCCACCAGAACGGCAUAUAUGUCAGAAUGGAUCGCAUUGUAAAGAUUAUUACUGCAAAGCAAAUCAUCCAUAUAAUCGAAAGAAACCGUGCUCAUAUGGGCGUAAAUGUAGGAAUACCUGGUGUAAAUUUCUGCACCCUUCUAAUAUAUCUGGAGAAUGUCCCGCAGGAAAUCAAUGUCGGGUUUGGCAAUGUUCAGCACAUCAUCCAGAUACAAGGCCGAAAGAUUGUCCGUUUGGUGAAGCGUGUUAUAACAAUGCCUGUCGAUGUCCUCAUCCACCCACUCGACAAUUAUGCUCAAAUGGCACUGAAUGCAAGGAAUUCUACUGUCGACUUAAUCAUCCUCUAGGUCGAAUGGCGCAAUGUGAACAAGGUAAUGCAUGUAGUAAUUUCUACUGUGAGUAUUUACAUCCUCCCGAAUGGGACCCAUGCGAAGCAGGUAGCAAAUGUGUUGAUAUAAUGUGUUCUCAUACGUCUCAUCCUCCUGAUCGAAUUCUGCAGCAACAGCAGCAAGAAAACAAUAAUCAAGAACUAAAAUUGCCAAUUGCAAAACCACUGAAAUCCAUCGAACAACGGCAGGUCGAACGACAGAACAAACCACUUCCCAUUCUCGCUGCACAAGAUGAAUUUUGUCGACGAUUACAGAAAGAACGAGUGCUCGUGGUUAGAGCAGAGACUGGUAGCGGCAAAAGUACACAGCUUCCACAAUAUGCUGCUGAAUAUUUUGGUGGACUAGUCGUUUGUACUCAGCCACGAGUAAUCGCAGCGAUUUCACUUGCGCGUCGCGUAGCCAAUGAAUAUGAUGGAAUUUCAGUGGGUAAAUCGGUUGGCUACCGAGUUGGUCAUGCUAGUGUAGGUAAAGACAAUAAUCGAGUUCCUGGAACAGAUAUACUCUAUGUGACUGAUGCAGCCCUAGUUCAAGAGAAUCAAGAGAGUGGUAUAUUACGUGACACUCGAGUAUUAAUCAUCGACGAGGCGCAUGAACGCAGUUUAUAUACCGACAUUGUUAUCGGUAUGGCAAAAAUAUUAUUAGAUAUGAGACCAACCGAUUUCUAUGUUGUCAUAUCUUCAGCUACCGUUGAUCCUAGCAAGUUUCUUGAUUUUUUUCAAUUAACUGAUUCUUCGAUACUCAACGUUCCAGGCCGUUUGUAUGAUGUUCGUACUAGGUACGUUCCUAAUCCGUCUGGUUCUAUUGUGGAACAUGCCGUCUCUAUAUUAUUGAAAUUAUAUGAUCAAUUUCAAGGACAUACACUUGUAUUUCUUCCUGGUGCACGUGAAAUACAACAAGCUAUUGAUCUGUUUAAUCGUAAAGUACCUAAGAAUUGUGUUGCCUUGCCUUUGUAUGCUGCUCUCUCACCAGAAGAACAAAAUCAAGUUCUUCAAUUUGACGAAGGUCCAAACAGUGAAUUGCGAAUGGUAGUUUUCUGUACAAAUAUUGCUGAAACAUCAGUGACAAUUAAUAAUGUUCAUCUGGUCAUUGAUUCUGGACUGGUGAAAGAACCUCGCUUCGAUAACGAACGCCGUUUGCCGAUUAUUGAAACAGUGCAAAUUUCUCGUUCAUCUGCCGAUCAACGUACAGGCCGUGCUGGCCGUACAGCACCAGGCUAUUGCGUUCGACUCUAUGAAGAAACAGAUUUGACCCGUCAAAAUAUUGAACCGGCAAUUCUUCGAUCUUCACUUGAUCUCGUUGUUCUUCGAAUCAUAUGUUUGCGACUCGAUCCAAUGGAGUUUCCAUUCAUCGAUCCUCCCGACGCAACCAUUAUCGAAGCAGCACUAGAUCUUUUGAAAGAACUUUCGUGUAUCGACACAGAUCAUUUCAUUACUCAACGAGGUCAACUUUUCAACGAGCUCGGUUUCGAUCCUUGUUACAGUGCAUUCUUAGUUGAUACCUACCUCGAACAUGGUCCUAUUCUGGAUUUAUUAGCCAGUGUUGUUCCUAUUUUAACAACACCUAGUUUUCGGUCCGACAUGGUUGGUGCAUUAGAAGAAGAGAAACAGGCUGCUCGCAAUCGUGUUAUUGAUGGCGCUAAGGAACACUACAGUGAUUUAUUGUAUCUCGUUUCAAUCUUCAAAAAGUGGUGUGCCUCAGGGUCUAUUGAUCCAGUUACACGCUCUUGUCAAAUAUGUCAUAUGCGUUCUACAAAAGAGUCUUCGUGUGCUUCUUGCCGGGCAGCGUACAGUAGAAUGCAUCUACUCAAUAAUCGAGUUCUGUGCAUUAUCGAGAAUUUAUAUGAGACCACAAUCAAAGUACUUACAAAUCCGCAUUGGCAGCUCAAUCCUGGUACAUUAGUCGAUGCGAAUGAAAGCGAUAUUCUUGGCAUCAAUCUCGUAAAGCAUUUUCCAGGACGACGCGGUCAAAUAUUGCCAAUACGUGCUCGUUUUAAAGAUGCUGUUAUGGUUCAAAGUGGCUUUUAUGCGGCCUUAAGUGAUUCUAGUGUUUUUUCUCAUCGAAAAAUUGUCAAUCCUCAUUUUAUCGCAAUGUCAGUCGUGAAACUAUCUUCUGGCACUUAUUUAAUUGAUCAAUUGCAUCCAUGUCAGCCACCAUCUGAAAGUAGCGAGCAAUCCAUCAUAACAGAUCCAGUUGUCAAUUCAUAG